UAAUUUUACUGAUACUGUAUAAAAUUUAAUAGCAUACUUAGGAAUAGGAGAAAAGGAUUUACAAAAAUGGUGAAUUUCACUACUCGGGGUUUUGACUUUAGGAUGGGUCCAGAUUAGUGAUAUCUUUUAAAUUUCAUACACAUAUUAUAUUAUGUAAAGCCUUUAUCAAUGUGUGCACUUUUGAGAGCAUUGAAGUUUUAAGAACACGCUUUGGUUUAAAUUGUUACUGAAUAUUAGAAUUUACUUUAUAUAUUCAGAACAGGAAUUUUUUUUUUUUAGAUUUCAUAGCUCUUGGAAGUAGUGAUACUUUUCACAAGUACUCAGGUGACUGAUAAGGCCUGUGAGCCUCUUGUUCACAAUGAUGUGCGAGUUAUGUCCCCUGAUUCCAGAGGGCGCGCAAGAUAUUUUAGACAACUAAAAACAAUGUAAUAUCCUUGAAAAGAGCAUGUGCAAUCAACGCAUAUCGUGAUGGACCCACCAAUGUGACAAUUCAGUUAACCAGCGACCGUGAGGAAUUAUGGGAAGGGGAUGGAAAAAUAACCAUCACUUGUAAUGCUGACUGUAAUCCACGAUGUAACUAUUGGACGUUAUAUCGCAACGGACGCUCGUUAUAUUCCGGACAGACGAAAGUGCUCACCAUGGAUCGGACAAACUCGGGGCAGUACAGCUGCGCAGCCAGGAAGUCUGUGCGGGGGAUUAAUGUAAAGUCUUCUAACACAGUCAGACUUCAUAUCAAAUAUAUGACUGUCAGGUUAUCAUCCAUAGAGAAGACGAUUUCACUUGAGGUAAACCGUAACUUUCCAUCCAAUGUUGUGUGUACCAUUGACUGUAACUAUGAAGGCUGUAAUUCUUCUACAAUCAUGGUUCUGAGGAAUUCCGAGGUCUACAAUACGAUUCACACUAAUCAGAGCAUAUUUCCAAGUCGACAAGCGCUUAUUUCAGAUGACGGAAUUUAUAAAUGUAAAUUAUCUGACAACACCGAAUCACAUGAAAACCUUCAACUGGCCAUUCUCUAUGGACCAAGAAACGUCAGCAUUAUGAAGGUCAGGAGAAAUGCUGAUGCUGCAAUUGUUCUGAGAGAAAGGGAUCCCAGUACUUGGCUGACAUGUUCAACAGACUGCAAUCCAGAAUGUAAGACAUCGUGGUAUAAAGAUGGGCAACUGCUGUCUCAUCAACAACACAAGACCUUAAAUAUUAGAUCCUAUAGAUGGAAUUCUGGAAACUAUAAAUGUGAAGCAAGUGGAAUUGAAGGAACUGUAUCUUCUACACAAGUGAAAAUAACAGUUCAAUAUAGUCCCAAAAAUGUAACCAUUCAGUAUACCAGUGACACUGAUGAAUUAUGGGAAGGGAAUGGAACAAUAACGAUCACUUGUAACGCAGACUGUAAUCCACAAUGUAAGUUUUUGAUGUAUCGCAAUGGACGCUAUAGACAAAGGGUAUCUUCAGAAAAGACGAAAGUGCUCACCAUGAAUCGGAGAUACUCGGGAGGGUACAGCUGUGAAGCCUGGAAUUCUGUGAGGAGGACUCCUGUAAAUUCCUCUAACAGUAUCACACUUGAUAUCAAAUAUGGACCAAAAAUCGUCAAAAUUAUGAAGGGCAGGAGAAAUGUUGAUGCUGAAAUUGUUCUGAGAGAGGGGUCUUAUGGUACUUGGCUAACAUGUUCGUCAGACUGCAAUCCAACAUGUAACAUAUCGUGGUAUAGAGAUCGACACGUUAUGUCUCAUCAACGACGCAAGACUGUUUAUUUUACAUCCAAUAGACGGAAUUCUGGAAACUAUAAAUGUGUAGCAAGUGGAAUUAAAGAGACUGUAUCUUCUAAACAAGUGAGAAUAACAGUUCAAUAUAAACCAAUAGUAACAAUUCCAAAUUUUCCACGGAUCGCUGCCCCUGGCUCGCUGAAGCUUAACUUUAGUGUUGACAGUUUUCCUGCAUCAAAUGUGACAAUAUUCCACAAGGAGGAGAAGUUGGAAUUCUUUUCCGAUUUCACGGGAAACAAAACCUAUGAAAUAAACAUAAGUUCUUGUCUAGAUGGAGGGAAAUACAGAAUUGUUGCUGAGAAUAUUAUUGGAAAGCAGUCCUCCUCUAAAAACCUUACGGUUCAGUGUUCUCCUAUUAUUCUCACGUUUUCAAAUAUCACUCACAAAGGUUUUGAAAUUGGAGAUGAACUGAACCUUAGGGUGAAGUUUAUGGCAAAUCCAAAUCCGAAUGCAUCGUGGACAUUUUUCCCAAAGGAAGGAGAUGUGCGCAAAGGUGUUCCGCAAACCCCUACAGCGAUCGGAAAGGGGUUUACAAGUAUCAUUGUCAGUAAUAUGAGUGUACAUGAUUUCGGAACCUAUCAGCUUACAUUGAGUAAUAAAUUUGGACGAAAUGAAAAGGAAUUCAACAUUCAAGAUAUGGGUGAUUCCACCAUGUAUGAUCUGAGCACUGACCAGGACGACGUCAUCGACCAGAUUCUGACAUCUUCCUUAUCCAAUGCUAAGACGACGAAUAGAAAAAGUAUCAUAAGAAAGGAGGAAAUCUUGACUCUAAGAGCCGAGAGAGAAAAGUACAAUCAGGAAACAAAGAAACUGAGAGAGGAGACGGGAUAUUAUAGAAUCAAAACAAUGUAUCUAAAUAUGAGAAUGUCACAAGUAAACAAAGAAACUGACAGAGGAGGCGGAAUAUUAUAGAAUCAAAACAAUGUAUCUGAAAAUGAGUACGUCACCGGUAAACAGAAAAACAGAGAGGAGGCGGGGUAUUUGAGAAUCAAAACAAUGCAUUUGAAAAUGAGAAUUUCACAUUUAAACAAAGAUUCCAAACAAUGCAUAAAAUAUAUAUGUUUUACGGCCAGGAUUUAGUGAUUGUGACUUAAACCUAAAAAGAUGACAAAACCAACAACAUUCAUCUGACCACCUUUUUAUUCAAUUUUAAUUACACAUUAGAUAACAAUUUAAUUCACAUAACUCGUUCAAAGUAAUAAUGACAUUACACUUCAUAGUCUCCCUGCACUCAAUUACUAACUCUCCUCACUUGACUAGUAUUGUAUUACAUUAUCGUAUGUAGUAAUGCUUCAGAUGAACAACAGUAAUUCCCUCACUUCUAUAAUUGAACUUCACCUUGUGAAUUGUUUAAGGUAAAACAAUGAAUUCUUUACAAUGACAACUGUAAUAUAAGUUACAUAUGUCUACAUGGAGUUUGAAGAUGAUAUGUUCUAUGUUUAAACAAAACUUGUGUAGAGCGUCUGUAACAUUUCUUAGUGAGCAUCUGUAACGAUUUUUAGUGCUUUUUUUAUAUUAACUUUUAGACAAUGGCUGUAUAAUUGAAUAUAAGAAUUUCAUCAAUUAAAUAGCGGAUAAUACACACUCUCUACAGCAAUCAUAUUGCAGAUGGAUAUCAUUCCGUACUUCCGUACUGGACUGUUGAUUUGAGAGUAUUCAAGAUCUAAAAUACUAGCGCCAGAGAUAACCCAGUGUGCGGAAAUUGGUACAACUUGGAAAUGUUCAAAAUCAAAACGGACGUAUGUAUUAGGAAAAGAAUAAGCAUUCUUAUAAUAAUACCAUAUUUAUAUAGCACGCUUUUCAUACACUAUGUACGCUCAAAGGUGACAACAAUGCAUAUAUACCUUACAACAGAAUGUUAUACACAUAAUACAUAGAAAAUAAAUAAAACAUUAAAAGCUGUACCUAUCCUGAUUGCACAUAAUUAUAAAACAUGAAAACACAAGAUACCAUAAAUAUGCUAGAUAAGAAUAAACAUCAGUUUCAGGGCGUAUUAAAGUAAUACUAAUAAUGAAAUACACACAAGCACACACAGCAAAUAAUGUCCCGGAUAUAAUACAUUAUAACAUAGAAUUCUUAACCUUUGCUAGAAUUAAUUUAAACAACUUAAACGUCAACAUACGUCUACAUUUAAACAUGUUAUACAAUAACGGCAAUCUGAGGGCAAAUAUGACGGACAAGCUCUUUUACAUGCUUGUGGUGGAGUAAUGGUUAGCGCACUCGCUUUGCAGCCGCAAGGUCAGGGUCGGAUAUUGGCGGCACGUCAAUUUUAAGACUUUUAACAUGAGUAGUUCAUAAUUCAAAUUCAAAUGUAUUGUAUGUACCCAGGGCAAAACCUGAAUAUCAUAGAAGAUAUUUCAGCGUUUCAGGAAGCACUUUGUGGAAUGCCUUGAGCGAAGAUAUAAGACAUUCAACAAGUGUAGUGUGUUUUCAGAGAAAUUAUCUUAAAGAUGAACACCAUACUUUUUAAGCUUUAUUUUCACCUAUUUAUCUUACAUUCAAAUUAUUUCUUAUGUUAAGAUGUACUCUACUUCUUUUAAUUUGUGUUUAUUUUACUAAUAUAUGUCUGUGUGUAUGCAGAACCAUAUUGAAAACUAGUGUUAUCGCUAAAUAUGUAAUAUUAUAUGAAUAAAGGCCUUAUUAUUAUCAUCA